AUGGUGUCCAACUCAACAUUGCUAGCAACCUUGUCCAGUGACAGUGAGGAGUCCUCAGAGCCCAGCACAGUGCCCAGCAUCUUUGACGAAGAGGUGUUCACCAGGCAGUACACCAUCCUGAAGGCCUUAGGCCAGGGUGGCUCUGCCAAGGUCAUGCUGGCCCAGCAUCGUCUCACAGGCAUUACAGUCGCUGUGAAAGCUCUGCUGAAGCAGGAGAAAUGGUGUGAGCAGAAAACGUCCGAAGUUGACAUCAUGAAGAUUCUCAGCCAUCCUAACAUCGUUUCCCUCCUGCAGGUGAUAGAAACAGAACAGAACGUUUAUUUAAUUAUGGAGGUGGCUAAGGGAGAACAGCUAUUUAAUUACAUCCGGAAGGCUGGAUGCCUGAAGGAAGAUGAGGCUAGAAGCAUAUUUGUUCAACUGCUUAGUGCCAUAGGCUACUGCCACGAUGAAGGCAUCGUUCAUAGAGACCUAAAACCUGACAAUGUGAUAGUGGAUGAGCAGGGGAAGGUGAAAAUUAUUGACUUUGGCCUAGGUGCCAGAUUCAGGCCUGGGCAAAAGUUGGAAAGGUUGUGUGGAGCCUUCCAAUUCAUUCCUCCAGAAGUUUUCCUUGGCAUCCCUUAUGAUGGCCCCAAAGUAGAUAUCUGGACCUUGGGGGUACUCUUAUAUUAUAUGGUGACAGGGAUUGUCCCAUUUGGAGGGGACACUUUGUCAGAACUUAGGGAACAAGUUCUGAAAGGGAGGUAUGACAUCCCCUAUCAGCUUUCCAGAGAACUGAGGAGCAUGAUUAGCCUAUUGCUAACAAUGAAUGCGAGACAGAGGCCAACUGUCUGGGACCUCAUUGGUCACCCAUGGCUUCAGAAAGGGGAACAGAUGUUUACAAUUCGUUUCAAAAAUGUCAUCAGCUUCCCAGACCCUGAAAUUGUAGCAGCCAUGGAAAACAUUGGGUUUGAUGCUCAGGAUGUAAGAGAAUCUUUAAUACACAGGAAGUUCAAUGAAACAAUGGCUGCAUACAACCUACUGAAAUGUCAGGCAUGCCAGGAUGAUGGCAUUAAUGCCCACUUAAAAUUAAUGAACCCAGGGGCAACACCUUUCCCUUCUAUUGAAGACCCUGACAUAUUUCCCCUGCCACCAAAGAGGAGGGCCAGUGAACCUUCCCUUCAGAUAUUAGUCUCAUCCUCUGGAAUCCCUCAUCUAAGACAAAGGAGGGGGACGAAUGUACCUGGCCUAUCCAAGAAGAUACCCAGCCAGAGCAGAGGUCACAAACGCUCUAUGACUGCCCCGUGUAUUUACUUCCCAAGAAACAUUGAGACGGAUACUGAUGAUACCAGCUUUUCCACGAGCUCCCAGUCAGAAAAGACCUUAAGUGGCCAGGAACAAAGCAGGACUUCAAGCUCAAGCUCCUUGACACCCAGGGGCUUCGAAAGAUGGAGGAAGAGGAUUAGGGCGUGCAUUCUCAGACUAUGCUGCUGCAUCUCAUCUCACAAAAAGUGUCCGAGGAAGGUGUACCCCCAAAAGUGAGGGGAUACCGUAAGAUGACAAGAAGUUCAAGGCAUG